GCUCCAGCAGCCGGAGCUGCGGCGAGCGUCGAAGCUGUCUGACCGAUGGGGACCGGCCGCUGCUGUUCCGUGGCCGAAGCGCUUUUGCUGUUGCAGUCGCUCCUGCUAUUCACGCUUUCUCCUCGGGGCUACGUGCGCGCAGCGGGGCUGCUUUUCUCCGAUGUGGAUGAGUGUUCCCAAGGGCUUGACAACUGCCAUCCAGAUGCAAUUUGUCAAAAUACUCCAAAGCUAUACAAGUGCACCUGUAAGCCAGGUUACAGUGGAGAAGGAAAGAUAUGUGAAGACAUUGAUGAAUGUGAUAAUGACUUCAAUGGAGGCUGCGUGCAUGAAUGUUUCAACAUUCCAGGCAAUUAUCGCUGUAUGUGUUAUGAUGGCUUCAUGUUGGCUCAGGAUGGCCAUAAUUGUCUUGAUACAGAUGAGUGCUUGUUUAACAAUGGAGGCUGCCAGCAUGUUUGCGUCAACACAGUGGGUAGCUAUGAGUGCCGUUGCAAUGAUGGAUUCUUCCUCAGUGAUAACCAACACACAUGCAUUCAUCGUUCAGAAGAAGGCAUGAGCUGCAUGAACAAGGAUCACGGCUGUGCCCAUAUUUGCAAAGAAACGCCGAAAGGAGGAGUGGCCUGCGAAUGUAGACCUGGAUUUGAACUGGCCAGGAACCAGAGAGACUGCAUUUUGACAUGCAACCACGGGAAUGGUGGCUGUCAGCAUACAUGUGAGGAUGCUGAGGAUGGGCCUGUCUGUGGAUGUCAUCCAGAGUACACUGUGCAUGCCAAUGGAAGAACCUGCCUUGAGAGAGAUGAGACUUCAACUGAAAUUGUGGAAAACAAUGCCACAGCAGGAACUGAUGUAGACAAGCGAGUGAAGAGGCGACUGCUCAUGGAAACAUGUGCUGUAAAUAAUGGUGGCUGUGAUCGCACUUGUAAGGACACUUCAACAGGAGUUCAUUGUAGCUGUCCUGUUGGAUUUACUCUUCAGUUUGAUGGAAAAACGUGCAAAGAUAUUGAUGAAUGUCAGGCCAGCAAUGGUGGCUGCCAUCACUUUUGUAGAAACACAGUUGGUAGUUUUGAUUGCAGUUGCAAAAAAGGAUUUAAAUUAUUAACAGAUGAAAAGUCUUGCCAAGACAUUGAUGAAUGUUCAUUUGAAAGGAUGUGUGACCAUAUAUGCAUGAAUCAUCCAGGCACUUUUGAGUGUACUUGCAGCAAAGGAUACACUCUCUAUGGCCUCACACAUUGUGGAGAUAUUAAUGAGUGUAGCAUCAACAAUGGAGGCUGCCAGCAUACCUGUAUAAACACUUUGGGGGAUUAUGAAUGCCACUGUAAUGCAGGUCACAAGUUACAUUGGAACAAAAAGGACUGUGUUGAAAGGUUCUUGCCUGACGUCAUUUCACACCAAAUAUCUCUGCGUUGCGUUAAGGCUGGUGGAAGUGAUAAGUGCUUUUUAAUCUGCCCCUCAGACAUCCACUUUAUAUCAGGCCUGGAAGAUUCCUACACAAUAAAAUGCGGCAGCCCUUCUCGGUUUCAGAAAAAAAACCAUAAUGCAAAUGAGUCAGCAGCCUUAGAUCUUUCCACCAUCAGGACAAGUUUAACCUUUAAGUUUAAUGAAGGAAAAUGUAACUUGAGAAAGAGUAAGAUGUUUCAGGAUGCUGUGCAUCAUGUAAUACAAGAGAAACAUAAUUCAGUAAUGGAGAGCUUCUACUAUGUAAAGCUAACAUGCAUUUCUGGCAAGAGAGUUCUUGGAGACCUCAGCAGAUUGAAGGGAGCGAGAGGAAUGUUUAUAUCAGCGGACUUUGAACUUGAAACAAACCAAAAGGAGGUGACAGAGUCGUGCAAUUUGAAUUGUGUACGUAAAAGGACUGAGAAGAGGCUGCGUAAAGCAAUUAGAACUUUGAGAAAAGUGAUCAACAAAGAGCAGUUUCAUAUUCGUCUGGCUGGUAUGGAUCAUGAUGUGGCCAGAAAACCUCCCAGAGUACUGGAUGCUCAAGAACUGUGUAGCCUAGGUCAAAGGCAUGUGGAUAACAGAUGUGCUAGCUGCAGUGUUGGAACAUAUUAUGAUGGGGAUCAAGAAGGUUGCAUUUUAUGUCCUAAUGGAACUUACCAAGACCAUGAAGGUCAAAUAACUUGUGAACCUUGCCCAAUUCCUCAGAACCCAGGGAGCCAAAAAUCAGCUGGAGCUCGCACUAUAUAUGAAUGUGGAGGACAGUGCUCACCUGGUGAGUAUUCUUCUGAUGGAUUUAAGCCCUGUCUUUUGUGUCUUCCUGGAACAUAUCAGCCCGAGCCAGGACGGACAUCUUGUUUUACCUGUGGAGGAGGCCUAAUGACAAAACAUACUGGUGCAACGGUAUUUCAGGACUGUGAAACAAAAGUGCAGUGCUCACCUGGUCACUUCUACAACACUACAACUCACCGAUGCAUCCGCUGUGCAGUUGGGACAUACCAACCUGAGUUUGGGCAAAAUUACUGCAUUGCAUGCCCUGGGAAUACCACCACUGAUUAUGACGGCUCAACAAAUGUAACACAAUGCAAAGAUAGGCACUGUGGUGGUGAACUUGGGGAAUUUACUGGUUAUAUUGAAUCCCCAAACUAUCCUGGAAAUUACCCUGCAAAUACUGAGUGUACCUGGAUGAUAAAUCCACCUCCAAAACGGCGUAUCCUGAUCGUUGUCCCAGAAAUAUUUUUGCCGAUAGAAGAUGAAUGUGGGGACUACCUUGUGAUGAGAAAAAGCUCUUCCUCGAAUUCUGUGACCACAUAUGAAACCUGUCAAACUUAUGAACGCCCAAUAGCUUUCACAUCCAGGUCUAAAAAACUGUGGAUCCAGUUCAAAUCAAAUGAAGGAAAUAGUGCUAAAGGAUUCCAUAUCCCUUAUGUAACAUAUGAUGAGGAUUAUCAAGAGCUAAUAGAAGACAUAGUCCGGGAUGGAAGACUGUAUGCAUCAGAAAAUCAUCAAGAGAUCCUUAAGGAUAAGAAACUGAUAAAGGCAUUGUUUGAUGUUUUGGCACAUCCACAGAACUACUUCAAGUACACGGCACAAGAGUCCAGGGAAAUGUUUCCAAGGUCCUUUAUUCGGCUGCUGCGUUCUAAAGUCUCCAGGUUUUUGAGACCUUACAAAUAACGGACUCCAUAUUUUGAAAACUUCCCAACUGUACAGCAGGGAAUUGUGAUUUUCUUUAUUAUAGGGAAGUCUUCAGGAAGCUGAUCAGUCAACUGUAUACAGUGUGUACAUUUUUUAAAUUAAAAUAUAAUUAUUUCAUUUUCAGGUGUUUUUUUAGUCAUCACAUAAUCUACUGAGCAUGUUAGACAAGGUUGGGUGGGGUUUUCUGUCGCUAAUAAAUUUGUGCUAGAUGCAACUACUUCAACUUGUGUUGCUUCACUAGCAACAUUAAAACUAAUGAACUGAGUACACGUGAAAGUAUAAGCCAGAGUUAUAACAUAAAGCUCUUCAGCUUUGAAAGGACAGACUCAGAAUUCUGUGUCAUAUGGAUCUUCUUUGAACUGCUUCAUAUACACCACCAUGCUCUGAAUAGGUAGCCUUAGGAAUGUGAAGAGCUAUAGCACCUGGGCUGCACUUUCAUGGAUGUAUUCAUAUUUGCAGACUCUGAGACUGCCAUGAUGGUAAUAAUUCAAAAUAGCAUCAUCUUCAGUAUGGAAUACCCAUUGGCUGUGAAUACACCUUGCACGUGAAAGCACUAAUUCACAUAAACUGUUUUCCAAGCUUCAAAAGAUAGAUUAAAUCUAUGAACUUAUUAAGCAAAGGGGGUAAUCUGAAAGUUGACUUUCAUCUUGGAUUCUCUAGAAUUGGUCUACUGCAGGGGAAUCCAACUCUGGUGCUCCAGAUGUUCAUGGACUGCAAUUCCCAAUUGGCCAUGCUGGCAGGGACUGAUGGGAAUUGUAGUCCAUGAACAUCUGGGGCACUAGAGUUGGACACCCUUGGUCUACUGGUUUAAAUGCUGAUUUUUGACAUUUUGCCUUCACCAGGUUUAGCAUAUUAAUUUAAAUAAAUGCAAUUCUAUUAUUACUCAUCUGACUUCAUCAGGGAGUCAAUAAUUAAAUAUAACUUUAGUAGCUACUGUAAGUUUCACAAUGAACAGUAUUUCUUUAAUAACUUUGUUACUAAUAUUGCAGUACUUGUAAGAUGUGGUUUCUGGAUCAGUCAUUCUAAGAAAUUUAAUUUUGAAUCUUCCAUAACUUUUCCAAAAGAAAAUGCUGUGACAUUUUUACUUGUCCUGUAAAUACAUGUGUAAAAUACACAGCAUUGCAGUGAAAGGUCGAAAAUAUGGUCAAUAUAAAAAUAAACUGAAACUUGUGAAUAGGG